GCCAGAGCUAAAACAGACAGAGCAAAGAAAAGAGAGCAAAAUAAUACACAUCCUGAUUUGGCAAGGACGGAUGACAGCAUCUGAUGGUUCAAAGGCUUAUGAGUGAGAUUUAUCCACACACUGUGGUCGGUCAGCUGGCCGGCCAGUCUAGCAGACACGUAGGGCGAGGGAGGUCGAUUACAGUUCUGCUCCCAGCCUGACACAGUUUGGGAAAACCCAGAUCAGAGGACAAAGUAGGUGUCAGGGCCUCCAAGGUCUGGGAACGCCUAUAGCUCCACCAAAUCUUGGGGCCUAGAGGGGUGUAUGUCUGUGUGUGUGUGUGUGUUGUGGAGAGGGGCUCAAUAGGUGGAAAGGGUGAAUAGCAGGAGGAGUCUGUGGUGAUCCCUCUCUAGAUCAAGGUGAGAAGGUAUCUGGAAGUUCUUACUUAACGAUGUGGGAAAACUAAAGCGGAGGGGCCGGUGACUGGAUGAGUCCUAAGUGUUUGGAAAGUUCCAGCCAGUUGGCUCAGUUUACUGACGUCUGUGAAAAACUCCAAAGGUUACAAAUCACGUCAAACAGUCCUCUCAUGUGUGGUCACUCAGAUCAUUUUGUAAAAUCUGUGUUGUGUAAUAUGUUGCUCCAUUAAAAUUCCUAUAAUGUCUUGAACCAAAAGAAUGGUUUCACUUUAACCAUUAUGUGAAGUUAUAUAUUUUUAAAAAACACUUAAAAUACCAUGAUGCCCUAAAAAAAAUUCUGAAUAAACACUGACAGAUGAGUAAAUCAUUCAUAGCUUUCAUUGUUCUGCAGCAAGACAAUACAAUGUAUUCAUCUCUUUUGUAUCACGCCCUCUAAACUUACUUUGAAAAAUCUUUCUGUCCAACCAGAAGCUGCCUCUGUUGAAUGCAGGAUGUUUAUGUUUAGAGGUAUAUCUUCUCAGUUCCCUCCCUUGAAGCCCCCAUCACACACAGACACACACACACACACACACACACACACACACACACACACAUGCACAUGCUUUCGCUCUUUCUCAUUUACCUCCAUUUAUUACCCAUGCGUGCUGCUGAGUGACAAAGCAAAGCGCGUCUUUCAAAAUGAUUACAAAGCUAGACAGUGUGCUUUUGCCCAGAAAAAAAUUUAUCUUCCAUUACAAGAAUGUGCGGUGGGCGAGGGGCCGGCAUGAGACAUACCUCUGCUUUGUAGUGAAGAGGCGAGUGGGCCCAGACUCCAUGACCUUUGACUUUGGUCACCUCCGCAAUCGAAAUGGCUGCCAUGUAGAGAUGCUGUUCCUGCGCUACUUGGGAGCCUUGUGCCCUGGUCUGUGGGGGUAUGGCGUCUCUGGAGAGAGGAGGCUCAGUUACUCCAUCACCUGGUUCUGCUCCUGGUCUCCCUGUGCCGACUGCUCCCUCAGACUGGCCCAGUUCCUCAGCCAGAUGCCUAAUCUUCGCCUCAGGAUCUUUGUCUCUCGCCUUUAUUUCUGUGACAUGGAGGACAGCAGAGAGAGAGAAGGCUUGAGGAUGCUGAAAAAAGCUGGAGUGCAUCUCACAGUCAUGAGUUACAAAGACUUCUUCUAUUGCUGGCAGACGUUUGUGGCUCGGAAACAGAGCAAAUUCAAGGCCUGGGAUGAGCUGCACCAAAACUCUGUUCGCCUCGCCAGAAAACUUGACCGCAUCCUCCAGCCAUGUGAAACAGAAGAUUUGAGAGAUGCCUUCAAACUUCUUGGACUGUGAAACACACUCAUGACUUCCUGUUACCAUAAGUUUAUUUUCAUGUCUGUUGAGAAGAGACAUGUUGGUCCAUCACUACAACUGCUAAACUGAGAAUGAAAAAAAAAAGCUGAGAAAAAAAUGGCUAAUUCUACUUGUGGCAAGGCUUUUAUUGUUAGGUAGCUGCUGCUUGCUGUUUCUGUAGCAUUAUGAUCAU